AUGAAGUUAAUCAAAUCGAUUCAACUUUUCACUACGCUCAUUCUUAUCUUACAAUUCUUUAAUAUAAUAUCCGCGGAAUUUUGUUUAGACGCAGUUGAUUCUAUCGAUUUUGAGAAAAGAGUUAUCACACCAUGUAGAUAUGUAAAGGAAGCAAAAAGAUCAAUUUCUAAAAGAAAAAACGACAAAAAUAUGUUUGAAAUUUCUGGUUUCCGAUGUACAAGCAAUGUCUCGGAUGAAUGUGAAAAAGUUAAAAGUACUUUUGAAGCUGCUGGACAGAUUAUCUCGGAUGCUUUUUACUUUAACACACCUGUAUUAGUUAAUGUUAGUUUCUUCAGUUUUUGCGAAGAAUUGAAAGAUUGUCCUAAUAAUACUGUUCAUAUUGGUGCGGCUUCCCCGAAAAGAAGUAUUCUAAUGGGUGACGAUGAUGAUUUAAAUAGAUUUUAUCCUCAAGCACUCGUGAAACAAUUUAAUUUAGAAUCUCAUCCAGAAUUUUUACCAUCAGAUAUAACAGCGAAUUUUAAUACUGAUGUAAAAUGGUACUUCGGAGGUAAAGAUCCAAUUAAAAAAACUGAAUUGGAAUUGCUUCCUGUAGUUUUACAUGAAUUAAUGCAUGGUUUAGGUUUUAGAAGUAAUUGGGGUACUUGGGUGGGAACUGAAGGAGUUAUACCUUUCCCAAUAUUCUCAGAAGGUUCAAACCAAACUUUAAUCUUUAAUGGAUUUAUCGAAUAUUGUUUUGAUAAAUAUUUGGUACUUUUAAACCCCGAUUGUAAAGAUUAUAAACCUACCUCAUUGGUUACCAAAGAAUUUAAUAAUUUUUCUGGUGGACCAGGUUCCAAAUUUAAUAAUACCACUGAAUUCAUAAUAGAAUUUAAAAAUUCAACCCAAUUUAAUUAUUACGGUAAAAAAAUGUUAAACAUAACAACGAAACCUAAAGAUUACGGAUUUCAAAUCUAUGCUGAGGAUGCAUUAAUUUUAGAAACUAGUUAUGAUCCUUUUUCUCAAGGAGUUAGUAUAGUUCAUGUAGAUCAAUCCACAUAUCAAAAUUCUAGUGACUUUUUAAUGAAAGCAAGUUUUCGUUUUGGGGAAACUAUGGAACAAAUUAUAAAAGAUUUUGGAGAUUCUAAAUACGGACCAAUUGGACCAAAAUUGAGAAAGGUUAUGGAAACUUUAGGUUAUGAAUCAAAAAAUAAUCCUAACCCAUAUCGACCUUCCGAACCUAAAUCUUUAGGAUUCCCAUUAACAACUGUCAUAAUUGAACCUUUAGAUGAAAUUCAUAAUUUACCAUCUGUUUCUUCAAAUAUUUUACCUAUUUCAAAUAAUUCUUUAAAUAUUUCAACUAUUUCUUCAUCAAAUAUUUCAUCUAUUUCAACUACUACUUCUAAUUUAAAUCUUCCUAUGGUUAUCGAAAAUAACCAUAAUCAUAAUCUUCAUCAUCAUCUACCAAAGAGCACUUCUUAUUCUAAACAUAAUAUUUCAUCAUCAUCUACUAAAAAUAUCAAAUCUUUAACACAUGAUGAUAAUUCUAUUAUCACAACUAGUGUUCCAUUACCAUUAUCAUUAUCCUCUUCUUCUUCAAAAAAUAAGACAAAUAUACAACAACAACAGCAGACAUCACCGAUGAUGGAAGAUUCUUUUCCUUCUUCAAGAAAAUAUUCUUUACGAUCUCGAACAAUUAUGAUUCCUACACCAUUAUCAUCAUUGCAACAAAAGACAUAUCGUAAAAUUUCUAGUAAUCCUAAAUUACAUAAUGCUUUGGCCGAAGCUAAUGAAUUAUCACCAUUACCUCAAAAUUCUCCUAUCCUUUUAGCAACAGAUCAAUUACUAAUGGUCGUGAAUCAUUUAUCCUUAUUAACUCUCCCUUUUUCGUCUUCUUCUCCUCUUUCUGGUUUAUCACAUACAAAUUUAAAGAUAGGAAUUGCACUUCCUCAAGGGAAAAUGAUGGAAAUUUUUAAAGAUUUUUUAGAUUCAAAUGGUCAUAAUUAUACGGUAAUUCAUGAAUCAAAAUCAAUAAAUUAUGGCAAGAUUUUAAUUGAUGAUGAUAAAAAUUGUGAACGAAUGACUUUAGUAUUAUUUUCAACUGGUAUAUCAAAUGAGAAUGAAGAUUUACCAAUUCUUGAUCUUGUCAUUGCAUUUGAUGCAAGUUUUAUACCUCAAAUACAUUUAUGGAAAUCAAGAUCUAACAUAAACAUUCCAAUAAUUAGACUUGUAUCAAAGGACACUAUUGAACAUGCUCUUGUAUCUAAAUUUGAUUUAAAUGGUGUUUGUGAUAAAAUUAUUAAUUGGGCGAAAGGUGGUUUAAUAGAAGAAUUAACUUUUGAUAUGGAACAUUCUGUGGAAAAAGUUUUAUGUCAAGAUGGUGAAUUAAUGCAAAUAGUUGAAGAAGAAACUUCACCAAAAUCAAAAAUCAAUAAUAAUUCAAAUAAUGAAAUUGGAUUCAAAAAUAAUAUUGUGGUUGAGAGAAAAAAACCAUCGACAAAUUUACUUAGAAGAAGAAUUAUUUCUCUUGAAGAGAAUGAAAUUAAAGAAACUAUUGAAGAAUGGAAGAAAAAAUAUAAUGAAUUAUUAGAAAAAUCAAGGAAACGUGAAGAAAUUAUUAUCCAACUUCAACAAGAAAAUGAAAAAUCAAGAAAACAAGAAGAAAUUAUUACCCAACUUCGACAAGAAAAUGAAAAAUAUUGUGUAUCGAUAAAUAAACUUAGUUCCGAACUUUCUAUUCAAGAACAAUUAGAUGAAAAAACACAAUUUCUCUCAAAACUCAAACAUGAUUUAGAAAUUAAGGUGGAAGAAAAUGAAAAAUUGAAAAAAGAUUUAGAAACAAGUAAAUCUAGCAUUAAAUCAUUAAGAAGUCAACUAAAAGUAUCUAGCGAUGAGUCAUCCGCUCUUCGAUUUGAACUUCGAACCAGUGGAGUGUUGGGAAAAUCUUCUUCUCGAAAAUCCGAAAUCGUUGGUGAUCAAAUUAGAUUGUUAACCGGUGAAAAUGAAUCUUUACGUUUACAAUUAGGUGAAGGGGAUGAAACAGUGGAAGAUGACCAAAAUAAUUCAUUUAAACAAACUACUGUACCAAAAUGUCCUUACAAUUUUGAAAAAUGUAAAAAAUCUACUACUGAGAAUAUGAAUGAGAUCAAAUUGAUUGGUAAUGAAUUUAAAGAUUUUUCUUUCAAAGAUUAA